UUUAUUAUGGCAUUCUACUACUUCGGUCUUUCUUUCCUAUCGGUUGAUCUUAGUGAGGAUCGAUUUACAGCCUUUUUGCUAUCAACUUUUGCCGAAUUACCAGGAGGUUUCGCUGUAAUUCCCUUGAUGUUAUAUGCUGGGCGUAGAAUUUUAUGUGUAACCACUAUGGCAGCUCAAGGUCUUGCCAUUAUCGUUGCUCCAUUUUCUCGAGUUGAAGCUGGUAUUCAAAAUAGUGGUUUUAGUGUCACAUAUGAUGUGCAUCCAUUAUACGUAGCAGAAAUGGCACCAACUUCCGUUAGAUCACUUUUCUAUUCGCUGAUCAAUGUCCCACAAAGUAUAGGCAUUAUUGUGGCUCCGUAUCUUCGCCAUGUAGAACUUGGAGCGGAAUAUACAAAAUAUGUCAUCAUUGGAUUACUUUGCAUAAUUUCUGGUGUACUUUGCUUAUUUCUACCCGAAACAAAAGAUCGACCUUUACCAGCAGAUAUCAGAGCUAUUUCACGCAAAACAAAAGUGGACUUGAAGGAAAAUGAGGAAUUAAUGACUCUGAGAACUCGGCAGUCUGAUGAAGAGACACCUCGAAUAUUUGAAGAUUAA